AUGGAAUUCAUCGCUAGCAUCUCCUGCCGAGCUUGGAGCCUUCCAGCGCCCAAAGGAGUCAAAUCAAACAACCUACUAGUCCAAGCAUGCUGUGACUUUAUCGAAGAUGGCACACCUGUCAUCGAAAUUCUGGACCCACAUUACAAAUUUGAAGCGGUUUGGGAACGAUGUAUCAACCUGUCACCGAACUCACGACCGUCGGAUGCGCUGGUGAAGAUGGCUACAGUCAUUUUCCUAUGCUGGGCAAUCUUGGAUCUCGAAAAAGUCGAUCUUCGCGAGUUGGAUCCAGUGAUUAAACUCUACAAUGAUUAUGCGGGCCUAGAAUCAAGCAAAACACGCGAGGCAGCCAAAAAUCGGGACAAAACAAGACGAGCUUUCACCAAGAAAUGCACUACUCUUAGAAUUGAACACGCAUUCAGGGGAGGAUCUACAUCAAGAGCCUUGUUGAAUGCAAAACCUCGAGGCCCCGCAUGGUCGAUGUAA